AAGCCAAUGGGCAAAGUCAGGCAGUGCUCAGGCAAGCAGCACGUGGGGGAAAAGCUGCCCUAUGGCUGGGCUGGAAGUGCAUCUAGCCAUAUGAGAAGAGGCAGAGGAGGAGGAGGAAAGAGGGGAAAGCGGCAGGAAGAGAGGAGGAAAGAAGACUUGGACAAAAGCACCGGUAGUCGCUUCUGAGUUCGGAAAGGCCUGGGAGAGAAGGGCAAAGGCACGCAUUGCAGUUGCUUUGUGCAGCAAGGUAGCCAUGUCCGCCAAAGCGAUUUCUGAGCAGACAGGGAAGGAGUUCUUAUAUAGAUACAUCUGUACCUCCUCAGCUAUCCAGAACCGCUUCAAAUAUGCCAGAGUAACUCCAGAUACUGACUGGGACCGACUGAUUCAAGAUCAUCCCUGGCUCUUGACUGAGCGUCUGGUAGUGAAGCCUGAUCAACUGAUAAAACGACGUGGCAAACUUGGCCUGGUGGGUGUGAAUCUCAACUUGGAGCAGGUGAAGGCCUGGCUGAAGCCACGGCUGGGUCAUGAAACUACAAUUGCCAAAGCUAAGGGCGUCCUAAAGAACUUCUUGAUAGAGCCUUUUGUUCCACACAAGCAGACAGAGGAGUUCUACGUGUGUAUUUAUGCAUCCCGCGAGGGGGACUAUGUGCUGUUCCACCACCAGGGUGGUGUGGAUGUGGGCGAUGUUGACACCAAGGCUCAGAAGUUGCUGGUGCGUGUGGAUGAGAAGCUGAAUGAAUCGGAUGUCAAGAAGCAUCUCUUGGUGCAUGCCCCACCAGACAAGAGAGACAUCUUGGCAAGCUUCAUCUCUGGGCUGUUCAACCUUUAUGAAGACUUAUAUUUUACAUAUCUGGAAAUCAAUCCACUAGUUGUAACUGCAGAUGGCGUUUACGUUCUAGACCUGGCUGCGAAGAUUGAUGCAACAGCAGACUAUGUCUGUAAAGUGAAAUGGGGCGAUGUGGAAUUCCCCCCACCCUUUGGAAGAGAGGCUUAUCCAGAGGAAGCCUAUAUUGCUGACCUAGAUGCCAAGAGUGGAGCCAGCUUAAAACUGACCAUCUUGAAUCCGAAAGGCAGGAUUUGGACCAUGGUAGCAGGAGGUGGAGCCUCUGUGGUGUACAGUGACACCAUCUGUGACCUUGGUGGGGUGAAUGAACUGGCCAACUAUGGUGAAUACUCUGGAGCUCCCAGUGAGCAGCAGACCUAUGACUAUGCCAAGACCAUCCUCUCCCUCAUGACACGAGAAAAGCAUCCAGAAGGCAAAAUCCUGAUAAUCGGAGGGAGCAUUGCUAACUUCACCAAUGUGGCUGCUACAUUUAAGGGUAUUGUUAGAGCCAUUAAGGAUUAUCAGGGCCCUCUGAAAGAGCACGAGGUGAGGAUCUUCGUGAGAAGAGGAGGCCCAAACUACCAGGAAGGUCUGCGAGUCAUGGGGGAAGUAGGAAAAACUACAGGCAUUCCUAUUCAUGUCUUCGGCACGGAGACCCACAUGACUGCCAUUGUUGGCAUGGCUCUGGGACACCGGCCCAUCCCAAACCAGCCUCCCACCGCAGCUCACACUGCAAACUUCCUCCUCAAUGCCAGUGGCAGCUCAUCGACACCGGCACCAAGCAGAACGGCAUCUUUUUCCGAGUGCAGACCUGACGAGCUGGCUCCAGCCAAGAAGGCAAAGCAGGCAGUACCUUCUGAUGCAUCCCCAACUUCAAGAACUGUUCAAGGUAAAGCCACAACCUUGUUCAGCCGUCACACCAAGGCAAUCGUGUGGGGGAUGCAGACUCGUGCUGUGCAAGGCAUGCUGGACUUUGACUACAUCUGCUCCAGGGAUGAGCCUUCAGUAGCUGCUAUGGUUUACCCAUUUACUGGUGACCACAAACAGAAGUUCUACUGGGGCCACAAAGAGAUACUUAUCCCUGUCUUCAAGAAUAUGGCAGAUGCCAUGAAAAAACACCCAGAAGUGGAUGUGCUGAUCAACUUUGCGUCCCUCCGCUCAGCUUAUGACAGCACCAUGGAGACCAUGAACUACCCACAGAUUCGCACCGUGGCCAUAAUUGCAGAAGGCAUCCCAGAGGCACUGACCCGCAAGUUGAUCAAAAUGGCAGAUGAGAAAGGAGUCACAAUUAUUGGCCCUGCAACGGUAGGUGGAAUCAAACCAGGCUGCUUUAAGAUUGGAAACACAGGCGGAAUGCUGGAUAACAUCCUGGCAUCUAAGUUGUAUCGCCCAGGCAGUGUAGCCUAUGUCUCCCGCUCAGGAGGGAUGUCCAAUGAACUCAACAACAUCAUCUCCCGGACCACGGAUGGUGUAUUUGAAGGGGUAGCCAUUGGUGGGGAUAGAUACCCUGGCUCCACCUUCAUGGACCAUGUAUUGCGUUACCAGGACACUCCAGGGGUGAAGAUGAUUGUGGUGCUAGGAGAAAUUGGAGGAACAGAGGAGUACAAGAUCUGCAGGGGUGUUAAAGAAGGCCGAAUCACUAAACCGGUUGUCUGCUGGUGCAUCGGGACCUGUGCUACCAUGUUCUCUUCAGAAGUACAGUUUGGCCAUGCCGGAGCAUGUGCCAAUCAAGCAUCCGAAACUGCCCUAGCCAAAAAUCAAGCGCUGAAAGAAGUGGGUGUCUUCGUACCCCAGAGUUUUGAUGAGCUGGGCGAUGUGAUUCAGUCUGUAUAUGAAGAUCUAGUUUCCAAAGGAGUGAUCGAGCCAGCACAGGAAGUGCCUCCCCCAACUGUGCCGAUGGAUUACUCAUGGGCAAGGGAGCUUGGUUUGAUCCGGAAACCAGCUUCCUUCAUGACAAGCAUCUGUGAUGAGAGGGGCCAGGAGCUGAUCUAUGCCGGCAUGCCCAUAACUGAGGUCUUCAAGGAAGAGAUGGGAAUUGGUGGUGUCCUGGGUCUGUUAUGGUUCCAGAGAAGGUUACCCAAGUAUGCCUGCCACUUCAUAGAGAUGUGUUUGAUGGUGACAGCAGAUCAUGGGCCAGCUGUGUCAGGAGCCCAUAACACCAUUGUCUGUGCAAGAGCUGGGAAGGACCUUGUCUCCAGUCUCACUUCUGGCCUACUCACCAUUGGAGAUCGGUUUGGUGGCGCUUUGGAUGCAGCAGCAAAAAUGUUCAGCAAAGCAUUUGAUAGUGGCAUCAUCCCAAUGGAAUUUGUGAACAAGAUGAAGAAAGAAGGGAAGCUGAUCAUGGGUAUUGGCCACCGGGUCAAAUCGAUCAAUAACCCAGAUAUGAGAGUUCAGAUCCUCAAGGAUUAUGUAAAGCAGCAUUUCCCUGCAACACCUCUUCUGGACUAUGCGCUGGAAGUUGAAAAAAUUACUACUUCCAAGAAACCUAACCUCAUCCUGAAUGUUGAUGGGUUCAUUGGUGUGGCCUUCGUUGAUGUGCUCAGGAGUUGUGGCUCUUUUACAAGGGAAGAAGCUGAUGAAUAUAUUGAUAUUGGUGCCCUCAAUGGCAUUUUUGUGCUGGGAAGAAGUAUGGGAUUUAUUGGACAUUACUUGGACCAGAAGAGGUUGAAGCAGGGUUUGUACCGUCACCCUUGGGAUGAUAUCUCCUACGUCUUGCCAGAGCACAUGACUAUGUGACAACUGAAAGGGGACAAAAUGAGUUGCCUUUACGGGAGACCAGCACAGACAUGACUUUACCAUAUGCCCUGGCUGUUGAUGUAUAGAAACCGAGGACUGACUGCUCUGACAUUCUGUACAAGGCAGCCUUUUAGAAGUCUAAAUGUGGAUUCUAUACAUAACAAGAAACCAAAACCCCUUGCUACUUCCUGCUGUAUUUAAUAUAUAAAAGCAGUCGCACUGUCUCUGCCGGCUCUCUUGCUUGUUUUUAUUUCUCCCUCAGUACAGUUUUUCUGCAGUGUUUUCUGAACAAGUUUUAAUGUGUAUUUUUAUCCAUGACCUCAUUAGACUUGAAGAACCAGAGAAAGUCAUUGAGCCUGCAUUACCAAAACCUUAAAUUGUCCUUGUAAGCUGUAUAAUUUUGUAAUACAUUUGUCUUUUCUCUCCUGCGUCGUCUUCUUCACAGUCUGAUUUGUAUUUUUGGUCAGAGGGACCCCUGCUGAUUUAAUAAGCCAUUCAAAGUCUGGUGUGGUAAUUUUAAAAUGUAAACUGGUAACAUAGGCUCUUGUUCAAAACUGUGAAACUUACCUGUAUUCCAGUAUCUGUAUUUAUGCAGCUAAUAUUUUUACUUCUUAAAAACAAAAAACAAAAAACACCCCAGUCUUGCAGUUCUUUCAAAGGCUGGCCUGUGAGUGUAUAUGUGUGCACAAGACACAUCACCUCUGGGCCCCUAACAUAUAUCCACAACAAUAUUCAGUGCUUUAUUUGUCUCCUGUAUUAUAACCUGUCUCAAAUAAAUAGUACAAUAACAA